AUGCCUCGGUGUUCGUUUAAAAAUUGCAAAAAUCACACAUCUAGGACACUAAAAAAGGAUGGAGUUUCAUAUUUUCGCUUUCCUCGAGAUCCAGUGAGGUGUGCAGAAUGGAUAUCAAUUAUAGCACGUCAAAGACGCGAAGAAUUUUUCAAGCCGAACCAAGCAAGCGUUGUAUGUUCAAAGCAUUUUUUAGAAAAUGAUGAAUAUGAGACUCCAAAAGGCAUCAAAAGGCUACGCAAAACAGCUGUACCUCAAAUAGAAGCAAAAAAUCAUUAUAUAAAAGAUGAGCCUUCUUUUGAUAAAAAAACGAAUGAACAAUGUUGCUUGAAAGCAGAAAUAAAAAUUGAACCAAUAGAUCCUGAUGAUCUCAAAAGCCCAACUUCAUCAUUUAGCAUUGGUCCAAUUCCGGAUACGCCAAAGGAAAUUGUUAUGAAAAAGAAACUUCUUGCUUGGAAAAAUCUUAUAAAAUUGAAAAACAACAAACUAUCUAAUUUCCGAAAAAAAAUUGCCAGACUGAAGAAAAAAUGCAAAAAUUUGAAGGAUGCUCUGUCUAAACUAAAUAAACGUCAAACAGUAGAUACAUCACUGCUUCAUGAUCUAUCUAAACAUAUAGAAGUUAAAGACACAGUUAAUGCUAUAUAUUUAAAGAACAUAAAAGGAGAAGCAUUUGACAAAUUGAAAGAAGAAACAGGUGAAGCGAAAAAGGAAAAAGAAGAGAAAGAAAAAACAGGUGAAGCGAAGAAGGAAAAGGACGACAUU